AUGUCUUCUGGCUUACCUCAUCACCCCCGGCAAGCCCAACAGCUUUCGGUACCUGGCUACAAAUUUCCCAGACUCAGUUACGAUCCAAACCCAACCAGGCGCAAUCCUACGGGAACAGGCCCCCCACCUACGACAGGACGCACGAAUGGUACACCACUUGGUCAAGGAUCCGCCCCCACGAAGACUGCCAAAUUUGCAAGGGCCCUACAACCCUAUUCGAUCGCUGCGCUGGUAGGCUUCCUUGGAGCUGCCAUCCUGGCAGGACUGCAGCCAUCCACUUCGACCCAAUCCCCGCCCCGUCCGCGGCUCGACACAAUCGCAUUCGAUGCCAAGGCGCAUCAUAGCCUAGAAGAGGCCAUGCGCGCAUCCGAAGGGUGUGCAACGUUCGUGAGCGACCAAAAGCACAGCGUCGCGCUGUCGCGACUCCUCGAAGAGUUACUGCUUACCGAGGAGGGGCUCGCCAGGACCAUAAACGACCACGUCGCACCCGCAGCGGAGCAAGUGCUGUCGAGCCCCAACGACUGCGCUCUCAUCGGAGCACUCGUGGUGGAACUAAACAUGGCGCGGACCAUGACCGAGGACAUCUGCAAAAAGAGCAUGAGCUUCCAGGAGAUCCUUCCGAAAGUGAUGGAAACUAAUUCGAAGGAUCUGGUGAGGGCAGAAGCUCAGUGCGAGGAGCACGAGGCAUUGGCCCGGAAGAAUGCACUUGGGAUCUUUGUCGACUACGUCAGAAAUGGCAAGCUCCUGGAGGACGUUGCAGAAGCUGCCAGCAACUUCUUCCACGGGAAAAAUCAGACCAGGGAGGACGUCCAGCGCAAGGAUGAGCUAGAGAGAGAUGCACUCAAGCACUGCAAAGAAGAGUUUGUGGAUAGUGAAAAGAAGGCGAAGGCAUAUGCACACCGAUGGGCAAUGUUCUUGAAUGACAUGACCACCGUGUGCGACUGGCCUGCACGUUGGAAUUCCACGAGCCAGGAGCAGCCCGACUGCCACGCAGGGGACGAGGAUGGGGGAAUCCGCGCGUUGUGGAGCGCGUUCAGAGUGCACGCGGUCGCGGUCUUGGAUCGAGCAACCUAG